AGCAGUACUGAAGCUUUGUGCAAGUGUAACUUCUCGCACGACUUUUUAUGUAUAUAUAUGAAUGCGAGUCACUCGGAGCUUUCCACCUGCUGCUACCUCCUAGUAUCUUUUAAUAUCAUCAGCAAGACGAAGACUGGCCAUAGUUUGAGGUUUGAGCUCUCUGGUUCACUCACUAUCUUUAGUAUUUACGACCAGGAUCUGAUAAGUUAUGAGGACUCCGAGAGAACACAUCGAAAAAAUAAGAAGGGAGAAGUUUUCCAUUGGAGAAGAAAAACCGAAUCCGCUAAGAGAGGAUAUGUACCAAGCUGUCAAAUUUCUCUCUGCUGAGCUCUAUUCCAAAGAUGUUCAUUUCCUUAUGGAACUCAUCCAGAACGCAGAAGACAACGAGUAUUUGGAAGGGGUGAAGCCAUCGCUGGAGUUCAUCAUAACGACCCGAGACAUCACUGCUACGGAAGCCCCUGCAACUCUUCUGGUAUUCAACAACGAGAAGGGUUUCGCUCCAAAGAAUAUUGAAUCCAUUUGCAGCGUUGGGCGCUCAACAAAGAAAGGCAAUCGUCAACGCGGUUACAUCGGAGAGAAAGGUAUUGGGUUCAAGAGUGUCUUUCUUAUCACAGCACAACCUUACAUUUUCAGUAAUGGGUAUCAAAUAAGGUUCAGUGAAGAACCUUGUCCAGUUUGUGACAUUGGAUAUAUUGUUCCCGAGUGGGUUGAGGCAAAUCCCACUAUUGCUGAUAUACAACAAGUAUUUAGUCCUUCCAAAUCCCUUCCGAUGACUAUCAUGGUCCUGCCUCUGAAGCCUGAUAAGGUAGGACCUGUGAAACAGCAGCUCUCAGGCAUACACCCUGAAAUUCUACUAUUUCUUUCCAAGAUCAAACGUCUUUCUAUCAGAGAAGAUAAUGCUGACCCUAGCCUUGAUACGGUUAGUUCAAUCUCUAUUUCAAGUGAGACUGAUUUCAUUACAAGGAAGAAUAUUGAUGCGGAGUCCUAUACACUUCAUCUCUCCGCUGAGGAAAAUGGUGAUGAACGUGAAAAAGAAUGUAGCUAUCACAUGUGGAGGCAGAAAUUCCCCGUUGUGCUGGAAAAUAGGAUGGAAAGGAGUGAAGUUGAUUGUUGGGUGAUUACACUGGCAUUUCCACAUGGACAACGCCUUAAUAGGGGAAUGGUCUCCCCUGGGGUCUAUGCAUUUCUUCCUACUGAAAUGGUCACAAAUUUUCCCUUCAUUAUUCAGGCUGAUUUUAUUCUAGCAUCAUCCAGGGAAACAAUCCGCUUAGACAGCCUAUGGAACCAGGGGAUUCUGGAUUGUGUCCCCUCUGCUUUUGUUAAUGCCUUCAUCUCACUUGUGAAAACAACAGAAUCUGCUCCAGUAUCAUCUCUGCCCAGUAUUUUUGAGUUUCUACCAUUGAACAGCUCCAUGUAUCCUAAGCUAAAUGCUGUGAGGGAGUUGAUCAAAGAGAAACUGGUUGAGGAAAACAUCAUUCCAUGUGAAUCGGAUAUGGAGCAAAAAUUCUUUUGUAAGCCCAAUGAAGUAGGUAGGGUUAUGCCUUCUUUCUGGAAUAUCCUGAUCAAGGCAAGGAAGCAGGGGGUGAAUUUGCAUAAUUUGUCAUCCCAUGGGAAGUAUGUUCUGAAUGUUGCAUUUGAUAAGAAGCAAUAUGAUAAUAUCUUGAAUUUCUUGGGAGUGGAAUACAUGGAUGUGGAAUGGUACUCGAGGUGCAUCCCGAGUUCUAAUCUGGUACUCGGAGUUUCUGAAGAUACCUACGUGGAGCUUCUCUUCUUUAUUGCUGAUAAUUGGAUUUCCUGUUUCCGGAACACAAAUAUCAAGAACAUACCCCUUCUGAAAUAUGUUGGUCACAAUGGGUAUGUGUCUUUGUGGAGCAUAAAUGAAGCAACACGGCGGAAUGGUGGUAGAGCAUUUUUAUCAGAAUAUCCUAAUUAUGUCUCAUGGUUAAUUGAUUGGAACCAGGAGUUCAAAUGUAUAGGAGAUUGGUUCUUUGUGCCGAAAAGCACUCAGAAGGCUCUAUGUCUACAUCCAAAGAAGGAGACAAUAAUUGAAUGGCUUUCAGAUAAUGUGUCAAUUAGUACCAUAGGUAUAUAUAAGUUUGCUGUUCAUCUUAUAAAUUCUAUCAACAGUGACAGAUGGCUUGUUAUUGCUCUUGCUCAUUUCUUGUAUCACUCUCUCUCGGAAUAUUAUCUAUCUGAGAGCGAAGUUCAUCAACUGUGCAAGUUGGAUAAGAUGCCCCUUGUAGAUAACUAUGGGUGUGUGACCACACUCAAAAGUGCAGUUCUUGUCCCUGCAAAUGGAAGUAAGUGGGUGCGACUUAUUGGCUCAAAUCCAUGGAGAAGAGAAAACUAUGUUGAAUUAGGAGAAGACUACCUAUAUGCAAGUCGUUUUGCAGGUGUUCGUACAUCUGAGAAUCAGCUUAUGAAGUUCCUGAUGACUUAUGUUGGAGCUUCUGAUAUACCAGAUCUUCAUCCUCCUAAUGCUGUAUUUCCUACAGUAUCUUCCCCUUUGACUAAAGAAAACACAUUUUUGUUGCUGAACUGGAUCCGAAGUCUGAAAACUAGAGGAAUACAAUUACAAGGAAGGUUCUUGAAAUGUAUAAAGGAAGGAAGUUGGCUGAAGAUUUCUUUGGGUUGCAGUUCUGGUUACAGGCCUCCAUCACAGUCAUUCUUCCCAACUACAUCAUGGGCAAAUAUCCUGCAGUGUGGCUCUGUGCUGGUUGAUAUUCCCUUGGUAGAUCAAGGAUUCUAUGGUAAUGAGAUAAAUGACUACAAAGAAGAACUAAAAACAGUUGGGGUGAUGUUUGAAUAUGGGGAAGCAUGCCGAUUCAUUGGGGACCAUCUUAUGUCUCUCGCAGCUUCAUCCAAGUUAACCAGAGCCAAUGUGCUUUCAAUACUCAACUUCAUAAAAAUUUUGAGAGAGAAUUAUAUGCCUCCAGAAAAUUUCAUCAGGAGUAUCAAAGAGGGUCAAUGGCUAAGGACUCGUCAAGGUUACAGGUCUCCUGUUGGAUUGAUUUUGUAUGAUUCAGAAUGGAAAGCUGCCACACAAAUCAGUGACCUACCGUUCAUUAAUCAGGACUAUUAUGGGGAGGAAAUCCUUAACUUCAGAAAGGAGUUUCAGUUACUUGGAGUCAUAGUUGGUUUCAACCAGUAUUACCAGCUUGUGAUAGACAAUUUCAGGUUCCCUGCAUCCUGGAAUUCUCUUACGGUUGAUGCCUUCUUCUUGAUACUGGAGUGCAUUCGGCAUUCUAUAUCUUCUCAAAAUCUUGUUGGACUACUUAAAGAUAAGAAGUGGUUGAGGACCAAUAUGGGCUACAGGUCACCAUGUGAAUGUUUCCUGUUUAAAUCUGAAUGGGGUUGCCUUUUGCAGGUUUUCAGUGAUUAUCCACUGAUUGAUCACAAUUUCUAUGGAGCUCGUAUUUACUCCUAUGAGAAUGAGUUGAAGGCAGUGGGGGUUGUGGUAGAUUUUGAGCAAGUAGCUAAGGCAUUUGCUCGUUAUUUUAAGUGGAAAAUAUCUUCUUCCUCCCUAAGGAAAGAAAACAUACUCUCAUUUUUGGCAUGCUACAAACAUCUAAAGAAAGGAGAUUAUAAAUUUCCUUCUGAGCUUAACAAGUGCAUCAGGGAGGAAAAAUGGAUCAAGACACGUCUGGGCAAUAGGUCACCUGCGGAGUCUAUUUUGUUUUGCUCUGAUUGGGAUUGUAUCUUGCCUGUUGCAUUGCUUCCUUUUAUAGAUGAUAGUGACAACGGUUAUGGCAAGGGCAUCAAAGAGUUCAAGGAUGAGCUGAAGGUGUUGGGAGUUGUAACUGAAUUCAAGGAGGGGGCAAAGUUUAUUAUUGAUGGUAUUACAAUACCCCGGAAUCCUAGUCAUAUGACUCCUACCAAUGUGAUUUCUUUGUUAAAAUGCAUUCAAAAUAUGCAGCAAGAAAUGGGGCAUGAUUCCUUGCCCAAGUCAUUUCUGAAAAGAAUCAGUGGAAGAUGGUUGAAGACCUAUAUGGGUUAUAAACCUCCAAAUAACUGCCUCUUGUUCGAUUCAAAGUGGAGUAUGUUCUUACAGCGGGAAGAUGGACCAUUCAUUGAUGAUGGGUUUUAUGGCUCUAGCAUCAGUUCCUAUAAGAAAGAGCUCCACGCGAUAGGAGUUACUGUAAAUGUUGCAGAUGGAUGUGAACUGCUUGCCAGUUACCUUGAAUCCCAUUCUCAGUUUAGUGCUAUAUCUCGAAUCUACGAAUACUUGAGUAAAUUUAAUUGGGAGCUGGAAAAUAAAGCUUCUACAAGGAUUUGGAUCCCAAAUGGAACUGCCGGGGGAGAGUGGGUAAGACCUGAAGAAUGUGUCCUUCAUGAUGGGGAUAGUCUCUUUGGCUUGAAAUUGAAUGUCUUGGAGAAACACUACGACACAAAAUUAUUAGGCUUCUUCUCCAAGGUAUUGAAGGUUAGGUGGAGGCCUUCGAUUGAUGAUUAUUGCAAUCUAUGGAAGGAUUGGGAAAAUUCAGGAUGCCCAUUGAAAUAUGACGAAUGUUGUGCUUUCUGGCUCUAUGUUUUACAUAACUGCUCUUCAAAUUCAAAGUUCGAGAUACUUAGCAACAGCAUGUCAAAACUGCCAGUGGACACAGGCUCAGGUGAAAUUCUGUUAGUUGGAAAGCAAGAUGUGUUCAUUCCUGAUGAUCUGCAACUCAAGGAUCUCUUUGAGAAGGCUUCUAUGCAUCCUUUAUUUAUCUGGUAUCCUCAACGGGGCUUGCACUUUAUGUGCCGAGGUAAGCUAUUUGAAAUAUACAGCAGUAUUGGGGUCCAAACUAUCUCUGAAGCCGUAAAGAAGGACCAAUCUUCCAAACUAGAAUGUGUUGAACCCAAUCAGGUAAGACUUAAUGAAAAACUUAUUGGGAAAGAGCUAUGUAGACUCAUUCUUGGGUUUCUAGGUGAUCCUUCACUUGAAUUGAAUGUAGAGAGGAGGCAUCAGAUCCUCAAAUAUCUCCUUGAUGUUACUGUCUUUGAGACAGGAGAACCAAUUUCGGUAAGUUAUACCUUGCCAUUGUCUUCUGGAAAUAAUGUCACUGUCAGGGCAAGCCGCAUGAUCCGUUGGGAGAGAGAAAACUUGAAGCUGUUCACCCAGAAAAUGGACAAAUCAUCUGGGCACAAAACCAAAAUUGAAUUUGCGACAAAUUUUUCUGAGGUGAUAUCUGAGGGGUUGUUAUGGGAUAAAGAAGAUCGAAUUGCUGGUCUUUGUGAGCUUAUCAAGUUGGGUUGCUUGUUAGAGUUUGAAGAGGACGCAACCAAUUUUCUGAUGAAGAGCAGAAAUCUGCAAGUCUCCAUGGAGGAUGAGGAAUUCCUUUCUUCUGUUUUCACAUCUGACCGACUUUCGUGAUGCUUAUGUCUUCUAUAGCAUGGUUAUGGGAUUCUGGUUUUGCUUUAGUGGUUUGGAACGUGACUCUCUCUCUCUCUCUCUCAGGUUAAUGAUGUAUUGAUAUAGUUGCACUGCCUAUAUUGGACUGUAGCACAAUUGACUGUCAUGAUCUAUCAUGCGAUAUUCUACUGGUUCAACUUUUGUAAUGUAAAUUAUAUUUUCCCAUCAAAACCUGUGUCAGUCAUGAGUUAAUGAAUGGAUCUGUCAUACUGAUGCC